CUCUUUGAUCAACUAGGAGUUACAUUUCCUUAAUUGUAAACUCAAGAGCUAACUUGUCCCUUAUUUCUCUCAACUUUCUUCUAAUUAAUUCUCCACCAAAACAUAAUCUUUUCCAAUCAUUUCAAUAAAAUCAAGAAAUGAACUUGUCAUCUAUCAAUCUAUCUUCUCUAUUCAUCUUUCUUUUCCCACCUUUAAUCUAUCUAAUCCUCAAUCAAAUCAAAAAAUCCAAAUUCUUGAAAAAAAACCAAAAUCUUCCACCCUCACCAUUCCAAUGGCCAAUAAUAGGCAACAUCCCAAAUGUCAUAAGCAAAAAACCCCACAUCAUAGUCACAAAAAUAUCCCAAAAUCUUGGCCCUUUAAUCUCUUUAAAACUAGGAAAUCAGCUUAUAGUCAUUGGGUCUUCACCACAAUCUGCUACUGAAAUCUUGAAAAAUCAUGACAGACAACUCUCUGCUCGUUAUGCACCAAAAGCAACCCCAAUAAAUGAAUCAGAUCUAAAGAGGUUUUCACUUCUUUGGUCUACUGAAUGCAAUAGUCACUGGAAAUCUAUAAGGGUCUUGUGGAAGACUGAGCUUUUCUCUAGUAAAGCUAUGGAAUCAUAUGCUGAUAACAAAAGGGGAAAAGGGGUUCUUGAAAUGGUGGAUUUCUUGAAAUUUAAACAAGGUAAAGUUGUGAUAAUUGGGGAUCUUGUUUUUGGUACUGUUUGUAAUGUUUUGGGAGAGAUUUGUUUUUCAAGAAAUAUGGUUAAGUUGGAAGAUGAGAGAGUUAUAAGUGAGAUGAAAAGGAAUAUUUGGAAGUUUAUGGAAUAUGGGACAACUCCAAUUUUAGCUGAUUUUUUUCCAAUUUUUGAUGGGGUUGUUGAUAUUCAAGGUAAGAAGAAGAAGGCAAAGAAGUGUCUUGAUAAUUUGUUUAAAAUUUGGGAAGGGAUAAUAAAGGAGAGAAGAGAAGAUCAUGUCAAACAUGGGGACUUCUUGGAUUUAAUGCUUGCUAAUGGAUAUUCUGAUGAUCAAAUCAAUUACAUGCUUCUGGAAAUAUUUCCAGCGGGGACAGGGACAUUGACAUCCACAAUAGAGUGGGCAAUGGCUGAGCUGGUGAGAAACAAAGAAGUCAUGAAGAAACUCAACUCUGAACUUCAAAAUGGAUCAAUAAACUCAAACACCAUUCAAGAAUCAACAAUCUUUCAACUCCCUUAUCUAAAUGCUUGCAUUAAAGAAGUCUUAAGGUUGCAUCCACCAAUAGCAUUUCUACCUCACUAUGCAAGUGAAACAUGUCAAGUUAUGAACUACACAAUUCCAAAAAGUUGUCUAGUUUUUGUGAAUCUUUGGGCACUUGGGCAUGACCCAAAGCUAUGGGAUGAUCCAUUUUCAUUCAAGCCAGAGAGAUUUUUAAACUCAAAUAUUGACUAUAAAGGACAACACUCUGAAUUCUUGCCAUUUGGUGCUGGAAGGAGAAUGUGCCCUGGCUUGCCCUUUGCUACAAAACAAAUGCAUUUGAUUUUAGCUAAUUUGGUUUAUCACUUUGAGUGGUCUCUACCAAAUAAUGGUGAUCCUUUGAUGCUUGACAUGAAUGAAAAAUAUGCUGUGCCAUUGCAGAGAGAGAAACCUUUGCUUCUUGUUCCUACCUAGGGUCUAGGAAGUGAUGAUGUCGAGUGUAUACUGCUAUCAUUUCUAGGACCAACCGACGCCUCACCUGUACAAGUUACAAAAUCUAAUCCUUGUUUCGAGUAUAUCCAAAGAAAGAGAUGCCUUAUCUAUAAAUUCAAGUUGACAUGAAUGAAAAAUAUGAUGUUACAUUGCAGAGAGGAAAGCUUCUGCUUCUUAUUCCUACUAGGAAGGGAUGAUGACUAUUGACUAGUGGUAUAUAUAUUGCCGCCAUUUCUAGGACCAGGGUUGUUUUCUACAAGCUAUCAGCGCUCAGUGCUGUCUUGGAUUGAAUGUUGACUUAUCUUAUUGCCGUUCAAUCUCGCCUCACCUGCACGGCUUACAAAAUUUAGUCAUUGUUUUAAGUAUGUAUAAAGAAAGAGACUCCUUGUCUUGAAUUUCAAGUCCGACUGUUUUUUUCCCUCUUUUUCCAAAUUUUGUAUAGUCAAAUAAAUGGUUGCGAA